CACACACACACACACACACACAAUCGGAAUCAAAGCAAAAAAGAACUUAGAGAUAGGUCCUCAUGGCUUUCGAGAAGACCCGCCAAUUUCUUCCUCCGCUUCACUUUGUUCUCUUCCCUUUCAUGGCUCAAGGCCACAUGAUCCCCAUGGUGGAUAUUGCAAGGAUCUUGGCUCAGCGCGGGGUGACUAUUACCAUUGUCACGACGCCUCACAACGCAGCCAGGUUCAAAGAUGUCCUAAACCGGGCCAUCCAGUCAGGCUUGCACAUUAGGGUUGAGCAUGUGAAGUUUCCUUUUCAAGAAGCUGGUUUGCAAGAAGGACAAGAGAAUGUUGAUUUUCUUGACUCAAUGGAGUUAAUGGUACAUUUCUUUAAAGCGGUUAACAUGCUUGAAAAUCCGGUCAUGAAGCUCAUGGAAGAGAUGAAACCUAAACCAAGCUGCCUAAUUUCUGAUUUUUGUUUGCCUUAUACAAGCAAAAUCGCUAAGAGGUUCAAUAUCCCAAAGAUCGUUUUCCAUGGCGUGUCUUGCUUUUGUCUUUUGAGUAUGCAUAUUCUACACCGAAACCACAAUAUCUUACAUGCUUUAAAGUCGGACAAAGAGUAUUUCUUGGUUCCUAGUUUUCCAGAUAGAGUUGAAUUUACAAAGCUUCAAGUUACUGUGAAAACAAACUUUAGUGGAGAUUGGAAAGAGAUCAUGGACGAACAGGUGGAUGCUGAUGACACGUCCUAUGGUGUAAUUGUCAACACAUUUCAGGAUUUGGAGUCUGCCUAUGUGAAAAACUACACGGAGGCUAGGGCUGGUAAAGUAUGGAGCAUCGGUCCGGUUUCCUUGUGCAACAAGGUAGGAGAAGACAAAGCUGAGAGGGGAAACAAGGCAGCCAUUGAUCAAGACGAGUGUAUUAAAUGGCUUGAUUCUAAAGAUGUAGAGUCGGUGCUGUAUGUUUGCCUUGGAAGUAUAUGCAAUCUUCCUCUGGCUCAGCUUAGAGAGCUCGGGCUAGGCCUCGAGGCAACUAAAAGACCAUUCAUUUGGGUCAUAAGAGGUGGGGGAAAGUAUCAUGAACUAGCUGAGUGGAUCUUAGAGAGCGGUUUUGAAGAAAGAACCAAAGAGAGAAGCCUUCUCAUAAAAGGAUGGUCGCCUCAAAUGCUUAUCCUUUCACACCCUGCCGUUGGAGGAUUCCUGACACAUUGUGGAUGGAACUCAACUUUAGAAGGAAUCACCUCAGGGGUUCCAUUGAUCACUUGGCCAUUAUUUGGAGACCAAUUCUGCAACCAGAAACUGAUCGUGCAGGUGCUAAAAGCAGGUGUAAGUGUUGGGGUUGAAGAGGUCAUGAAAUGGGGAGAAGAGGAGAGUAUUGGAGUGUUAGUGGAUAAAGAAGGAGUGAAGAAGGCAGUGGACGAAAUAAUGGGCGAGAGUGAUGAAGCAAAAGAGAGAAGAAAAAGAGUCAGAGAGCUUGGAGAAUUAGCUCACAAGGCUGUGGAAGAAGGAGGCUCUUCUCAUUCUAAUAUCAUAUUUUUGCUACAAGAUAUAAUGCAACAAGUAGAAUCCAAGAGUUGAUUGUAUAUAUUGUUGUUGUUUGUUAAAUCAUUGUGCGUGCAUGUAAUAUCUUAUCAGUUAUUUGUUGGGUAAUCG